AUGGACUCGUAUCUUAAUUAUGUCAGAAAUUUCUUCGUUCUCUCGCUUAAGGGCGAUUUUACCGCUAACUGUAUCCGUUACCUCGCUUAUAUGCGUAUUUACGCGGAUUGGUUCCUCAAUGAAAACUUUACUAAGCACGACGAUUUUCUUGAUAUGAUUGGUUGUGCUUAUCUCAAUCACGCAUACAACAUUAAUUCUGCUAAUCCAGAACAGUUGCCGUUUAGUAUGCUUUUCAGCGCUGGUUCUCCUGUUGACAGUACAACACUUAAUCAUCGCCUUUAUCAGACUCCAUCCCUUUCGUUCUUCGCUCCAUACCUCCAGCGCGGUGAACUUAUGCCUGUUCUUUGGAAAAAGGAUAGAUUUACUGACGCUCGUUAUCAGAAAGUAAUGGCAGAACUUGGCGAGACACCUGUCGGCGCUACUGUUGAACAGAACUUCUUUAAUAGGCAGUUGGCAAAGUUCAAGGAUUUGAUAACACGUAUGGGUUACGACUACCGCGACAAUAUGCGGCGCUCUAUGGCUCAAAGGUUUCUGACGCUACUCUCCAGCGCUCCCAGGUCGUUGGAUUCCUUAGGUCAGUUUGCAGGUGUCGGCGUUUCUCGUGAUAACACAGGCGGUUGGGAUUGGACUGCUGAGGAAAACGGUUUGUUUAUGGUUAUGGCUUGGAUUCGUCCUGCGCACGUUUGCAACGCUCGUGCUAUCCCUCGCGACAUUCUUAAGUCUAACUAUUACGACUAUCUUAUCCCUACGCUCGGCGGUGUCGGCUAUCAGGAUAUUUUCCUUGACGAAUAUUCCCCUGACGUAAAUCAGCGUUCUGAACGUUUCGGCUAUGAGGAAAAGUACCGUGAAUAUAUGAGCGUCAAUAAUGAGGUGCACGGCAAUAUGCGUACUUCAAACAAGAUGUAUCGUUCAGACCGAUUCCCGUCUACUCAGUUUACUAUCAGUCCGUCUACUAUCAAGGAACUGUAUAUAACAGAUGAUGAUGAGGUCAACAAGGAUGAAGUCGCUUCUGCUUUGCGUGGCGACUCCGUUCUUGGCGAGCGUACGGGCGAUUAUAUGGCAAAGAUGGAUGAUACAAAGAAAAUUGAUAUGGAUUCUUGUCCACCUAUGUACGUCAAUGUUCUUGAAUAUGCUAAUAAGAAUAAUGGCGACUUUGGCGACCGUCUUGCUGACAGAAUGGGUGUCAGCAAUAUCACAAUCAAAAAUAAUAUGGCAGAUGAAAAUACAAACAUUCCUAAAACGCCAGGUCUUGGCGCUUCGGCUAUCUCAGGUGCUAUCGGUGGAGUUACGGCACUUGCACAGACCGCCUUGCAGAACAAAUACAACGAACAGGCUCGUAAACAACAGCGAGAAGAUGAACAGGCUAUACACGACCGCAAUCGUCGCGAGUUCCUUGCAGACCGUCAACACGAUGAGGUUUACAACAGUCCCUCUAUGCAACGUUUCAGGCGUAUUCUUGCAGGUAAUUCGCCUACUGAGGAGAUUGCCAAUUUGUCAAAUCUUGGUGCUAAAGCGCCUGACUCUCUGGCAGGUGCUUUGUCAGUUGGUCAGACUAUGGCAGACAUUGAACAGAAGAAGUCCCAGGCACGAGCCAAUAACGCUGAGGCUACCAAUACUGAACAGAAAGUAUCUGUAUUUGGUCAGGAGUUUGAGCUAAGUAAGGCUGAGAGUCUUGCUCGCACUUCUCAACUCUACGCUUCUGCGAGUGAACUUUAUAAUAUGAUACCUAACAUUCAGGCAGAUACAGAGUAUAAGAAACAUAUGUCGCGUAAUAUGAAAGUUACUGCUGAUGUUUCUGAGGUGCUUGAAAGUUGCCGUAUUCGAACUGAACUUUUACAGGAAAAGUAUCAGGGUCUUAUGAACGAUGAGGUUUCUGCGCGUAUUGACGUACUUCGUAAACAGUUUGAACAAAUGGAUGAUUAUCUUUCAUUAGAGAAGUUCAAUGCUCAGACCGCACGUAUUGACGCUAACGCUCACGACAGGAGUUCUUAUUAUAAUAGCCUCCUUACUGACGCUGAGUACAGUUACUUUAUGGAUUCUUACAAUAGUAGGCUUGAUAUGCUUAGUAACGAACUCACUCAGUCUAAUAUCACUACUGAAAAUCUUUCUAAGAUUACAGGGUUGUCAAUUGAUAAGUUGCAGGCUGAAAUUGACGGACUUGUCAAGGAUUUAGAUGUUAAGGAUGCUGAUAUCAAUCAGAAAGAGGCAAUCGCAAAGGCUAUGAUUAUGAAUGCCUAUACCAACACUAUUUGUCAGCCUAUAUCAACCCUUUCAGGCGCUGUCCGUGAUGCGGCGUACGCUUAUGGUCAGUUUAGCACAGGUGGUCUUGCUGGUGGUCUUACUCCUCAGUCGCCUGUAAAUGAUUUCCAGCCUACGGGUACGUAUAUGGAUGCUAUGGCACCUGAUUUUCCUUAUCAGCAUUACAGUUGGCAGAGAAGUCCUACUGUCGUCAAUUCGUCAGGUCAGGUCAAUCCUCGUGCCUAUACUCGUGGCGCUCGUAAACCUCCUGUCCCGUCAGAUGAGUAUGGUAAUUGGCACAGAUAA